AAGAGUUUGUUAAUUUAAAUGUUCUUAGUUUUUUCUUUAUUACGCUCUUAUUAAAAUUACUGUUACAAUAAUAUUUUGAAUGUAUGUGAAAAUUGUUGCAGUUUUUAUUCUUUAAACUUUUCUCUAUUUUUUCCCUUUCCAUUGUCCUUCAUUUAUGAUAAAUCCGACACUAAUAUUUUUAUUGUCGGAAUAUCAGUAUUUAUUUAAGCAGGUGUUUAUAAUAAAAUGGAUCAAUUUAGUAUUGAAUUGAAGCCUUAUAUAAAUUAUCCCAGUUUACUGUCUGCAAUCAGUUUCAAUUCAGUUGGUAUCUUUUCAGAAUUUUCUUUUAUUUAACGUAAUUCUGCAAUCAUUGUGUAAUUGCCAAAAUGAACCGAGAUAAAUUGACUCCCAUACAAAAAGUUGCUCACGAGCAACAAUCUUCUCUUCUUGCUUAUGCUCAUGCCCAGGCUCUGAAACAAUUAAUUGAAAAUCGACAGACUAAACUCUCUGUACCUAAUGCUUUGGCUUAUCUUGAGAUAGCAAAGACUCAACUAAGUGAACCAGAAUUUAAAGAAUUUAUGUUUCUCAUGAACCAGGCCAACAAUGAGAAUUGUGAUAUCAUGAAUGUUUUGGCUAAAAUAUCAAAUUUGUUACAAGACUAUCCAGAUUUAAUACAAGGAUUUGGAAUGUUUUUGCCACCCGAUUUAAAUUUACAGUUGCAAACAGGUAGCCUUUUUCUUUUAAAUAAAAUUAAGACAGUAGUUGAAGAUGAAUCACCUAUCAAAUCUGAAGAUGAAGAAGCAUCAAAAAGUCCUUCAAGGGAAGACUUGAUGGAGACUGCUUCCAAAGAGGCUGAUCCAAUUCUGAAUCAAAAUUCUGAUGAUUCUCUUGACAAAAAGAAUCAACUUCUGCUGAAAGAAAUAGAUGACAACUAUGCAAAAUCAUUUUUAAAUAAAGUGAAAGAACGUUUUAAUGAUGAAAUACACAUCUUUCAAAGAUUCUUAGAACUGUUAGAAUCGGUGAGAAAGAGUUCUGGGCAGGAGGAUCAAAAUCAGAUAGAAAGUAUCAUAUUUCAAGAAGUGGGUGUCCUAUUUCAAGGUCAUGAAGAUUUAAUAGAAGAAUUCAAAACUUUUGUUCCCAAUGCUGUACCAGAAACACAAGAUGAAGAAGUUAUGGAUACUUCUGAAAAAGAACCCAAAAAUUCUGAUGAUUCAUGCUGCCAAUCUGAUACAGUUGAAGUUUCAAAAAUAUCAGAAGUGAAUGAUCCAUCUAUGGCUGCUGUUUAUAAAUAUGGCUCUUAUGAGGAACACCUUUUCUUUGAUAAAAUACGAGAAGCUUUUUGGCAUCGAGAAGUUUAUGACAAUUUUAUGCGGGUCUUAAUGCUUUUUAAUGAAAAUGUGAUUACAAGAUCAGAACUUCUGAAGUUGGCUACAUCAUUUUUAGGAAAAUUCCCAGAGCUUCUCAGACAGUUUAAAGAUCUAUUAGGAUUCAACGAAUCAGGUGAUAAUAUAGAAGCAAUACCAAUGAAAAUAAUAACUCUAGAAAAUCAAAGAAACAAUACAGAAAAUGGAGCUGAUAUUGAUUUUUCUGCUGGUGGAAGAAAUGGAGCCAGUUACAGAGCAUUACCACCAGAAUUUGAACAACCAAAGUGUUCUGGCAGGACUGCAUUAUGUAAUGAAGUGUUAAAUGAUACAUGGGUUUCCUUUCCAUCCUGGUCUGAAGAUUCAACUUUUGUUACUUCUUGCAAAACACAGUUUGAAGAAAUGAUGUAUCGUUGUGAAGAUGAAAGAUUUGAACUUGAUAUGGCAAUUUCGGCUAAUGCACACACAUUACAAGCAGUAGAAAAUCUUUCAAGGAGAGUUAGUAAGAUGACUUCAGAAGAAAAGAGUGGGCUUUCAGUGGAUCAAAAUUUUGGAGGAACUUCUGGAGUUCUCCAUGAAAAGUCUCUUCAUCGGUUAUAUGGUGACAAGACAGAUGAACUGAUAGAAGGUUUAAAAAGAAAUCCUUUGGUUGCAAUUCCUAUAGUUCUGAAGAGGUUGAGAGUAAAAGAAGAAGAAUGGAAAGAAAAGGAGCAACAGUUCAAUGAAAUUUGGAGAAAUCAAAUAAACAGUAUCUAUUUGAAAUCUUUAGAUCAUCAGGGAAUCAAUUUCAAGCAGAAUGACAGCAAAAGCUUUCGCUCAAAAAAUCUUCUAGAAGAAAUGGAGAUGGUAUAUGCAGAGAAAAAAGAAAACAAUACAUUUAAUCAAGCUCAUUUUGUAUUGGAAUUCAAAGAAAUGGAAGUUUUUCUUGAUGCAAUAAAACUGAUUCUACAGUAUCUGAAGAAACUUCCAGGGAUUUAUCGAGAUGACAGACGCAAAAUUGAACUUGUAAUCCGGAGUUUUAUCCCUGAUUUUUUUUCUGCCCCUUCCAUUAAACUUGAGGAAGAUAUGGAAGCAGAAGAAGUUAAAGAUUCAUUGGAUGUUGAAAAUGAUGGAGAAGAAAGAAGUGCUCAGAAUUCAUCAGCAGGAAGUAACAGAGAUGAAGGUUCAAGUGACCAAGAUGAGUUAAAUUCUAAUGAGGACAAUGAGCUUUCAGAUGAAGCAGAUAAAACUUUUAUUGAAGAAAUCGAGGUUUUCGAUAAAAUGGAUCCAUUACCUCAGACUAAUCUACCUUACACCUUGUUUUUUGCUAGCAAACAAUGGUUUGUUUUUUUCCGUCAAUUCCAUAUCUUAUGUGAAAGAUUAUCUAGACUUCUAUUUGAAAGUAACCGUAUAGGAGCUCAUAUUAAAGAAGAAUCAACAGAAGAAGGAGAUAUUUAUAUUCCAAUGAUAAGGCCCAAACCAACAUAUGAAGAAUUAAUUGCAAAACUUAGUGAUUUGCUAAGUGGUGCUCUUGAAUACUCGAAAUUUGAAGAAGAAGCUCGUUCUCUUUUUGGAAUUCAUGCAUAUGUCAGCUUUACAAUGGACAAACUUAUAUUGACUAUUGUGCGGCAACUACAACAAGUAAUUGGAGAUGAUAUCUGCAAACAGUGUGCUGCAUUAUUCAGUCAGCAUACAAAGACUGUAGCUAGCAGUGGCUAUUCUUCGCCUAUGGAAGCAUCAAGGGUGGAACAUGAAUAUUUACGAAAAGUAGAUAAAAUGAUGGAAGAUGAACGAUGCUUCAAAAUUGUCUGGCAUAAGAAGGACAAAGUUCUCACAAUCCAGUUGCUUGAACUGGAAAUAGAUGAAAAUUAUCCUGAUCCAAUUGAGGCUGAAAAAUGGUCCAAUUAUUUGGAUGCUUAUAUAAAUGAAGAUUCUUGUUGUGAAGAGCUUUUGAAUGAAGUUCAGCAAUCACCAGUGAUAUUGCCCAGGAACUUAAGAAAACAACUCUUGUAUUGGAAAAAUAAAGUAAUCCAAGUGGAGAAAUUAUGGCAAAAGAGACAGAAUGCCAAAUAUUUGAAAAAACAUCUACCUCUCUCUGUAAGGAAGAGGAGAGCUCUGUCACUAAUUGCUCCAAUGUUGCGAAAAAAGUCUCGACGUUCAUCCUUGCAGGAAGAUAGUAUUAACUCCGUAAAUGGGGAAGAGGCUAUUAUAGAAGAGAGCGAACCUCCCACUACAGAUAACAUUGAAAUAGCAAAAGAGGAUUCUAACCUAGAAGCAGAAGUUAUUGCUGUAAAUGAAAACUCAGAAGAUAAAGUUGAGGUUCCUUUUGAUGAAAUAGCUGUUGAAACAGAAAUCGAUUAUUGCUGUUUUGAAGAAGCUGUCACAGAUAUUUCGAAAGAUGACCAGGCUGAAGAAGAUUCUGUCAAAUCUCCAAAAUCGGAGCAAAAUGACGCAGCCCAAGAAUCAGAUCAGUCACAGAUUGAGUGUAAUUUGGAGAUGCUAAUGGCUGGACAAGAAUGUGUAGGAAUUGAUAGAUUGAAUCCACCCAUAUCUGGUUCUGAUGCUAUUGAUAUUGAGACAUCUGCUGAAGAUUUAGGAGAAAAUAAACACGAUGGCAGCUUAUCAGCCGAGAAUAUCUUAGAAGCCGAAGAAGAAUUAAAAUCGAGAUUUAAUAUGGCUGUUGAAAUGGCACACCAGGUUAUGCAAACCAUCACUGCUGAUAAUGCAAGAGAACAUGAAGUUAUCACUGUGAGUGAUUCAGAUUCUGAUGGUAAAGCUGAAGAUACCAAACAACCAGAAAAAUCUCCCGAAAGACGAUCUGUGAAGAGAAGAAUCAUUCGUAAGCCAUGUGAUUACUCCGUCAGAACAAGAAAGAAUCGAAUCAACCAAAGUUAUAUGAAGCGUAGGAUAAAAAGAAGCCUCCAGUCUAGUAAAAGGAAACGAAGGAAGCACCACAAACGCAAAUGUGAAUAUAUCGAAGAUCCAACUUUUGAUUUUGCUUAUUUUACUGAAUUACAAGAAGAUGAGAAAGUUUCUUACUUGGCUUUGAAAUAUGUCACCAUUGAAGAUGAUGUGGAAGGAGCUUUUAAAAAAGGAAGCUAUAAAAUCUAUUUUGUGCAGAACUGUGAUUUAUAUGUUUACCGCAAAGAUAGUCUAUCCAAGGCACGAGAAACUCAUCAAGCAAUAUCCGAAAUUAAAACUUCCAAUUUUAAUGCCUGGCAUAGAGUCUGGUUAGAUAGAUAUGUUACUCCUGCCAUGAUCAAGUUUUGCAAUGACUGGUUUUUAAAGAGCGACCCAGAAAAAUUCAAGUUGGUACGCCAAACUAUAAGUGACUGUACAAAGCCACCAUACAUUCCUUACUAUAAAUACAAAGUUCGCCACUACAAAGUUAUUAAUUAAAUAGCUAAUUAUGAUUUAUUUUCUAGACAUUAGCUUGUGGUCUUCCCUUAUUGAUUGAGGGAAAUUUUAUUUGUUGUUAAAUGCAUGUGUAUUUAUUUUUCACUUUUCUUCAUCAUGUUUUUUGUGUAUGUAUUAGAUAGCUAAAUGCAACUGUAUGCAAGUUUUUUUUAAUUCUUAUUAUAUUAGUGCAAAAGCUGGCCAACUUUUUUUCAUAAGAUGUUUUUUUUAGAAUUAUAUUUAAUACAUAUGAGGAACCAAUCAGCAACUUGAAUUAUAAAAGUUCAAUUUCAAAAAUAAGUUUGCUUUACUUAAAUAUAAUUUUAUAAAAUGCAGUGCAAUUUAAUUAUUUAUUUCUAGUACUAAAAUUUGUAUAAUUACAUUAAUAAAAAUAAAAAAAUAAGUGAUUAUUACAAAUUACCAUUUCCCCCCUCCCCCAUCAAACAAUAUGAUGGGAUUCCAAACAAUUUAUAUUUAAUUUGUUCAAGAAUUAAAAAUAUGUAGUUUCUAAUAAGAUUUUUGUUUUUGGAGUUUGAACAAUUUUUUUUAUUAUUGUUCUCAAAAAGAAGAAUUAAGAGGCAAACAUUAAUAGUAAAGGGUAAGACAAAUGUUCACAAAUUUUCUUGUAAUUUGUUUCAUUUACUUCUCUUCAAUGUUUUAUUUUAUUAUAUGUAUAUAUUAUGUAGCAACUUAGAAAUGACCGAUCACUGUUCUAGAGUAAUAUGUUUAUACUUACUCUAAGAAAUGAAACAAUUUUAUAGCAUUUAAUCUCUUUUUUUCCCUCAGUUGUUUUCUUUAUGUGAAAGCCAUAUUUUAGUUUCUUGAAAAGUUUAAACAUCAUGGCAGUUAUACAGGAUGGUAUUAUAUUAUUAAGUAAGGUUAAAAUUAAAUUUUUUAAGUAGGUAAUUUCUAAUAAAAAAAAUAAAAUGCAAAAAGGACCAGUUCCAAUGCUACCAUACUUUUCAGCCUUUUUUUUUCUCCCCCCCCCCCCCCCCUCCCUUUCUGGGCAGUAAAGGAUAAAGCCAAAUCAGUCUUUAUCCUGAAAUCUUUCGAAAGAAAUUCUAGAAAUAAUAAUUUUGAUUUUGCCCAAGUAUUUUUUUUUUUAAUCUGUUUGUUUUGUGAGCAUCAUAACAUAUUUUGUUAUAAGAAAAUAGUAGUUGUAUUAUUUAAUAUUUUUGAGUAAUAAAAAUUCAAUAAUUCAUUUUUUAAGUGACUAGAAAAACUGAAUUCUCCUUAAGUUGGCGAGGGAUAUAUAUCUUUUUUUUUAAAAAAGAAAUUAUUGGUUUAUUUUUAAUAAAUGUAUGAAUAUUAUUGUAUUGAAGUAACCUUAUUUUUUAAAAAUUAUUGCCGUACACUUAUCAUUACUGUCUUUUAAAGAAAUAUUUAAAAAAAUAUUCUUGAAAAUGUCUAAUAUGAUACUUUAUAUUAUUUGUGUAUUUUGGGCAUCUCUUACCAAUGUAAUGUAGCUAAUUUAUCUCUAGUGCUCCUUAAAAUUCCUACUGAUGUAACAAAACAACCCAAGCUGAAAUAAAAUCUACUAA